AUGAGUCUCUUGACCUUUUUAUUAUUGCUUGUCUUGCAGGUUUUCCAAGUGCAAGCACAUUCAAGAGCUAGAGACACCGUUGAUAAAUCAGCUGCUAUUGAGAAGCUUGAGUUCUCACAGGAUCCGCAUACUAUUGGCGCUGCAUCUUCAUUUCAAGUCGAGUUUGAUGUUCCUUAUGAGCGUCAACGAAUUACGCUCAACUUGCAGCCAUCAAGACAUGUGUUGACACAAAACACGAAUAUUGAGCAUGUCAAGCCGAAUAAGAAAUAUGGACAGACUCUGGAUCUCAAGGGCUCUAGCCCGUUGUUAUACAAGGGAGUCGCUUGGGUGAAUGAUGAUGAGAAGCAAACCCGACGGAGAGUAGGGUGGGCACGAAUGAUGGUGCGAUAUCGAGAGGGACGACAUGUGAUUGAAGGUACAUUUACGAAUGACGGCGCUUACCACCACAUUUCCCUCGACUCGAAUUAUCGACAGACGCGACGACUGGAUAAUAGCGAUUCGAAGGAAGCCAAACGAAACAUGAGAGUCUGGAAGGAAUUGGUGGGCCCUGAACAUGAUGCCAUUCUUAAGCGAUCCGCGACAGAGAAGCCAUCCUGUGGAGCCCAUAGAUUCAACCCGGAACAAUUCGCAUUCGAAGAAGCCGAAAAUUACGAGGGAAUGAAGAAGAGAGACGAUUCUCAUCCUCCCCUUGGAAUCACCCGUCGACAAAACCCCAGCGACUGGUUCGAUCCCGCCAACCACGUUGGAGACACAGAUGGCUGUCCUUCAUCUCGACGAGUUGCCUUGGUCGGAAUCGCAGCCGAUUGUUCAUACACAGCUGAGUUCGACAACAUGCAAGAUGCUCGCGAUAACAUUAUUUCGAUGGUCAAUGUUGCAUCUCAGGUUUACGAGGAUACUUUCAACAUCGCCUUGGCAAUCCAGAACUUGACCAUGUCCGACCCAUCCUGCCCCGCUGACGCACCGACCUCCAUGCCCUGGAACCUCCCCUGCACUGCCAACGUUGACAUCAACACCCGGCUCAACCUCUUCACGAGGUGGAGAAACAGGAUGCGCGAUAACAACGCUGUUUGGUCUCUUUUGACAGCCUGCAGAAGUGGCUCAACAGUUGGUAUCGCUUGGAUCGGAAGUAUUUGCAACCGAUCGGGAAGAUCUAUCUACGGCGGCGGAGGUACUGCGUCUGCGAAUGUGGUCGUUCGCACAAGCAACGAAUGGCAGGUCUUUGCGCAUGAGCUGGCGCAUAACUUUGGAGCCGCUCAUGACUGCACGUCCAGCGAAUGCAGCGAUGGAUAUUCCCGCAGUGAUGACUGUUGCCCGCUUAGUCGCUCAACAUGCGACGCGCGAAAUCAGUAUAUCAUGAACCCGCAAAGCACACCAGGAAUCGAGGAAUUCUCACCCUGUACUAUCGGAACCAUUUGCACCGGCAUUGGAGAGGAGCACAUCGACACAAGCUGUCUGGUAUCCGAGGAUGAUGUGCCAGACAUCAAUGACAGUCAAUGCGGUAAUGGAAUUGUCGAGCCUGGAGAAACAUGCGAUUGCGGUGGUUCAAGACGCUGUCCCUCUGAUUCCUGCUGCAACCCCGAAACAUGCCAACUUCGUGAAGGCGCCGAAUGUGAUCCCGUCAGCGAUGGGUGUUGCACCGAAGAAUGCCGCGUUGCAGACAGCGGCUUGGUCUGCAGAGAAAGCACAGCCGACUGCGAUCCCGAGGAGCGCUGCGACGGAAGUUCAGGUCAAUGUCCCAUCGACGUACAAAACUGUACCGACGACGACGACUUCGACGGUGAUGGUAGAAGCUGGUUCGAUCGAAACCGCACAGCUGUUAUCGCGACAGCUGCUUCAGUCGGUGGUUUCAUUGUUCUUCUCACCCUGUGCUGUCUACUCUCAUGUUUGAGAAGGAGGAGCAAGGCGAGAAAACAGAAGGAGGCCAAGUUGAGGAGUAUGAGUGAUGGAUCGAAUCCUCCAUCUUUUGAUCAGGCGAGAGAGACUACGCAGAUGCCGACUGCGCCUAGGAUGACGCAUAGAUAUACAUAG